GUCCCUAGACUUCUGCUCAACAGGGAGUGAGAUCACAGGCAAGUCUGAGCCUUCCGAUUUUUCUCCUUAAAACGGAAACAGUUACACUGGUCAGUGGGAUUGUCAGGAAGUAGAAGGAGAUGACUUCUGGACAGGGCAUGGUUCCUCCAGUCCGGUGCUCUGCUGAUGCGUCUCGUGUUGCACCUCCCAGCCACAUGCUCAGUCCUGGGUGCGGAGUUCGGAGCCCCUGUGCUGAGUCUCCCCCUCUUCCCUCUGCAGGCUAAGCACCUCCACAGUAAUGGCCGCGGCCUUGCCCCGGACGCUGGGGGAGCUGCAGCUGUACAGAAUAUUACAGAAAGCCAACCUGCUGUCCUACUUCGAUGCCUUCAUCCAGCAAGGUGGCGAUGACGUCCAGCAGCUGUGCGAAGCUGGCGAGGAGGAGUUCCUGGAAAUCAUGGCGCUCGUGGGCAUGGCCAGCAAGCCGCUGCAUGUCAGGAGGCUGCAGAAGGCGCUGCGGGACUGGGUCACCAACCCCGGGCUCUUCAACCAGCCGCUCACCUCCCUGCCCGUGAGCAGCAUACCCAUCUACAAGCUGCCCGAGGGGUCGCCCACGUGGCUGGGAGUGCCCUGUGCCAGCUACGACAGGAGCAGCGGCGCCCGGGAGCCGCACGUCAAAGUCCCCAAGUGCGCGGCCAUCACGUGCGUGCAGAGCCCCGGGCAGGGGAAGCCGGACGUGGGGAGCCUGGCGCUGCCCAGUGUCGGGGAGUCCAGACUCUGGCAGGGCCACCACGGCACCGAGAGCGAGCACAGCCUCUCCCCCGCCGACCUGGGCUCCCCCGCGUCCCCCAAGGAGAGCAGCGAGGCCCUGGACGCCGCGGCCGCGCUCUCGGUGGCCGAGUGUGUGGAGCGCAUGGCCUCCACGCUGCCCAAAAGCGACCCGAACGAGGUGAAAGAGCUGCUGAAGAGCAACAAGAAGCUGGCCAAAAUGAUCGGCCACAUCUUCGAGAUGAGCGACGAGGACCCCCACAAAGAGGAGGAGAUUCGCAAGUACAGCGCCAUCUACGGCAGGUUCGACUCCAAGAGGAAGGACGGCAAGCACCUGACACUUCACGAGCUCACUGUUAACGAAGCGGCUGCUCAGCUCUGUGUGAAGGAUAAUGCUCUCCUGACGAGAAGGGACGAACUUUUCGCGCUGGCGAGGCAGAUUUCUCGAGAAGUCACCUAUAAAUACACGUACAGAACCACCAAGUCAAAAUGUGGAGAAAGAGAUGAAUUAUCCCCGAAGAGAAUUAAAGUGGAGGAUGGGUUUCCAGAUUUCCAGGACUCUGUGCAAACCCUCUUCCAGCAGGCUAAAGCUAAGAGCGAAGAACUCGCUGCUCUCAGUUCCCAGCAGCCUGAGAAGGGAGUGACGAAGCAGAUGGAGUUCCUGUGUACCCAGGCGGGCUACGAGCGGCUGCAGCAGGCCGAGAGGCGGCUGUCCACGGGGCUCUACAGGCAGAGCUCCGAGGAGCACAGCCCCAACGGCCUGGCCUCCGACAGCUCAGACGGACAAGGAGAAAGACCCUUGAAUCUCCGAAUACCUAACCUACAGAACAGACAGCCCCAUCAUUUUGUGGUGGACGGGGAGCUGAGUAGACUUUACCCCAGUGAGGGCAAGUCCCACUCAUCAGAGAGCCUGGGGAUUUUAAAAGACUACCCUCACUCCGCUUUCACUUUAGAGAAGAAAGUCAUCAAAACAGAGCCUGAAGAUUCAAGAUAGCUGUGAUUUUCCCACUAUUCCCUGGAAACGGCAUCAGUUUUAAGGAUAAUGCUCCAUCAUAGAAAUAAGCCUUAAUAACCAAUGUUGCCUCAUUCAGCUCCAACAGAUUUCAUAGCCAAAGCAUAAGGACUGACACAGUGGUCUGGAAGCCAGGAAGACAAAGCAACAGCCACAAGAGAGAAAAUAGAGAGAAUGUUGUAAUAGAAAUAUUGAUCCAUUCACAUUCCUGUGUGAGUCGGUUUAUGUGGAAAGGCUUACAAAGUAAUACUGUAAGCAUUUAUUUAAGAAUGUACAAUGUAUUUGUGUAAUUUAUAGAAAUGAAAUGUAGAUGUUGAGACCUGUUCGGUCCAGUAGAUACGGAUAGUUUAUUUUACUUGAAAUUUCAUUGUCUACUUUAAGCGUAUUUAGCGUAAAUAUUAUAUGUCAGAGUUUAGAAUCUUUGCAGUCAUAAAGAAAGUUUAAGUAAUGUAGUUAUUGGCAGGGUAGCAGUGACUUUGGAGAAAUGGAAUUUAGCAAAUACCCGGUUUAAACCAAGGAAAAUAUUGUGGAUUUAAUAUCUGAUGAAACUGAUUUUGUUUAGUAGGAACUGUGUCAUUUAUAGUCGUAAAGUGUCAUUUUUGCUGACUUAAUCAGGCACAUGUACACAAUUAACCAAUACUGGAGUAAAGUUAAAAAGAUGAGCAGCGCAGAAGGCAAUCUUUCUUAACCUACUUGCCAGAUUGCAUCCUAUGGUCACUACUUAAGCUACGGCAGACAUAGGGAGCCGUCGCUGGGACAGAGACCUUGAAACAAGGGGACCGAUGUGGACAGGCCUGGACUCGAGCAUCACUGUUCCUGAGCGUGUGAGAUAGACUGAGACAUAGUAGGUUAACCCUAACUGUGACAGGAUGGCGACUGUAACGAAGGCUGUACCAUAAUAAAGGAAGUACCGUUUUAUGUCCAGAAACUCUUCUCUACGCACUGGAGUCAGAGAAACUAGAGUAUCCCCGGGGGUCUUCCCACCCAGCCCUUCCCAGGAGGGGACAGUCACUACAUCACACGUGCAGGCAUGUUUCUGUGGCAGUUUAGUUGACAUAUACUCAUUAUUUAUUUUAUAAUUUCAUUUUUGUACAACUUUCAGAUUUGUGAAUGCAGGGUUUUUUUUUAAAUUCAUUUUCCCUUGAAAGUCUGUUUUAAUUCCCCCUAUUUAAUUCCUGGGCUGUGUGCACAUACGUGGGGGGCUGUGCUUCAGUGUUCAUAAUGUACUUGCACACUUAUGAGAAUUUCACAUUGGAAUUCAUACUAAGAAAACAAAUCCUAUUAGAAAUUUAUAUUUUUUUCUGUUGGUUUAAGAGGAGAAGAUAUUAGACAGCUUUACCUGCUUCUUCCAGAUUCGUCUAAAGCCCGAUAUUGCUAAGAGGAGCGUACUGACUUGGAAUAUGUGUGGGUUUUGUUUCAGUUCUGCUCUAGGUCAUAACUGCAUAAAAAUAAUGUCAUAAUCUGUUCUACUACAACUCCUCAGCCCAACGUUAGAUGAAACGUCUGUGCUGGAGUUGUGUUCACUGUCACAUAAACAACUGCUUUUCAUUCUGAUUUGUAGACUAGCUUUACACACAAACACCAGAAAGCAGCUUCUAUCUAUCAAAGCUUCCCCUCCUACAUGUUUUAACUGUACCAGAGCAUUCCCCCACUGAAGCAGCUUUUUGGACCUUGCAACUCUGUUGCUAGCUUGAGGUUGAGUACUGUGGUUGUCUUGUUCACUGUGUGUAGAAAUAGUAUGAAUACGAUUUAAAUAGGUUAUUCGAUUUUUAAUAUUAGCCAUAGAACUGGUUAGUAUCUCAGUAGUUUCAUGAAACGUUUCCUGUAUUCUAAUCGAUUUUGAGAAAUUCUGUAGGUUUUUUUAAAAUUGUGUGUUACGGUUGAAGUUUGUACAUUUUAAUAAGCAACCAUUUUUAAAGAUGCUGUAAUCUUCCAACUAAUAUUUAUCCGUCUUUCAUGGCCAAACAAACUGCAUCUUUAAAUCCAUAAAUAAGUUUCCUUAAGUAUUAGACUUUUCUGGUCUUUUCAAGUUUAGUGAUAAGAGGGAAGCACAAGAAAAAUUUCAGUAGAAUACAGUUUUUAUUUUAUAAACACUAAUGUAUUAAAUUUGCUAUACAUUGAAGCAAAUAAUAUAUAUUUUUAUUUGAAUUGUAUAUAUGAAUUGGAUGUUAUAACAGUUUGUGUUGUUUUUUUCAUUGUGUUAGAGGUAUUUUCACUGAACAAGGUCAAUUGGUUACCUCGGUAUUACCGCCAAUACAGCCCAAGGGGCCAUUUCUC